AUGAAGCUCGUGCUCUGGAACAGGCUCAAGCAGCGACGGCCGCAGCGGGGCGAGGCCUCCCUGGCCGACAUGCAGGAGUUCUACCGCAUGGAGGUGGCCAUCGUCUGGUGGAUGUUCGGCCUCGUCUUCUUCAUGGCGCCGCUCAACUGGUGGGGCAAAAAGUACCGCAUCGUCCACGACCACUACCCCUGGGCGCCCAAGCGCCACGACGGAACCCGCGGCGUUGGUCCUUACUGUUGGUUCCUGGAGUGA